GCUGAGACAUGUCAGCACAACUCAGGGAUCAAGGCAUGCCCUCCCUCCUCCUGCACUGUCCCCAGUGUGCAAACAGAAAGGCAGUCACACUCACAGUGUGCACACACAAGGCACACUCGCUCACAAGCUGCACCGGCACAACGCUCAACAGGUGUUAAGAUGACAUAACUGAGCCAAGAGGGACUGGGGGAAAAUUAGGAAAGAUUAGGGGAUGCCUGGAGCAGUGAGGGGGGGCGAGGGGAGGCAAAAGGACAGAUUGAGUGCUGGGGUGCCAAAUCUCCCAAAGUUGGACUGAGACUGCAAAGCGAUUGAGAGUGAACUGCAGAGAGAAGGGAGGACAUGGAGGGGAGGGCGAGAGAAUGAAAGAGAGAGUGUUAGAGACAUAAACAAAGAAGGGGGGAGGAAGGGAGAGAGCUGGAUAAGACAAAAGCGAGAACGUGAAAGGAGUUACAUGGAUAGAGAGAUAUCGAGAAGCACCUGCCAGAAUACAGAAGAAAGCAGAGGGAAGGACGCAGGAGACAAAGAGUGAGAGCCGGCCGUGGAGGCUGAAUGACACACACUGUAGCCAGGCACUAGCUGGAGCGCCGGGGGUAGUCUGUGCGGGGCUGGGGACACAGCAGGGAUGCCAUGUUAUGUCUGGGGACACAGAAGUCACAAGUGGAUCAGAUGCUGACGGGCAAAUCACAAAAUGAGGCCUGGUCUCCCUAACACCCUCAUCAUGGAAUACCAGCCUCUACCAGACUUCCAGCUCCACCGCAGCCCGUUGCCCUAUAGCCGAGAGGGCAGCAUGGCACCAAGUCUUGGAAACCCUGCCCCCGUAGAGAGGCACAGGGUAGUGAGGCACAUUGCCGUGUAUCAGCAGGAGAGCUUGGCAUUUGGGGGAGUUCCCACUUUGUGUGCUGAGAGCCAGCUAGGAUAUAGGACUACACCGCUGCCCCUGAACACCGUUAUCCCAGGAGUUACUGGGCAGAUACAAGAGCCCUGGCACAUGAGGUUCGAGAACAAUAAGGAUACUAGGAUUCAGGAAACCUCUCCAACAGCAAGUGUUGGGGAGCCCUCACCAGAGCCCUUCCCUAAAGAGGACAGGAGGUGGAGGAGCCGGGCACAGAGUGAUGGAGAACAAACUCACAAUUCCUCAUUGUCUCCCCUUAAUGAGAGCCCUCGACUCAUCAGCAGGUCAUCCCAAGGAUCAGAGAGAGCAAAGUCUGCUUGGCGUAAAAUCCGCCUCUAUCUCCCGGAUGCCACUUUAGGCAGCAGCCCAUCUACUCCUUCGGUGGACGAUGACUCUGUGUUUUCAGAGCCUGAAGACGCGGGCCAUGCAGUGACUGAAGUCAAGUUGGAGCCAGAAGUCCUAGAGGUUGCCGCAUCUCCAGGGAAGACAGAUCAAGAACGGUGGAGGUUCUCAGCCUCGGAGCUUAUCAGCAAACUGCAGCUCACGCAGAGAAGGAACAACUUUACUGCCAGGCUCGGCAAAUCACUUUCCGCCAAGAUCACCUUGAGAGAACGAGGGGCCUCAGCAAGUCAAGAAGGUAAAUCUGGUAGAAGAGAGAGGAGAUGUAACAGUGCUGGGGUAACAAGCCUUCUGCAGCCGGCUGUAGUGGACACAGAUAACUCUUGGCUCAGGAAUAAACUCUCAGAGAGCAAGGAAGCUAGUCCUGUGAGACCACCCAGCGAGGACACACAGAGUCCCCACCAAGAGAGACAGUUCACCUGUGAAGAGAGACAGUCCGUCACAGUGGAGCGAAGGUCACAUAAACGGCAGUCAUACUGCGAGAGGAGACAGUCACGCUAUCUAUUAAGCUCUAUCCUGUAUCAGGAAUACAGUGAUGUAGCCAUCAAUCGAGAGAUCCAGAGACAGAAGAGAGAGGACAUUGCUGGUGACGAUGAUGAUGUGUCGGCUAGUCCUAAGAGCAACCUUUCCCCAAGCAGUUCCUUCCGCUCCCAGCGAUCGUCUCGUGGAUCAACAUUCUCCCUCUGGCAGGAUAUCCCUGAUGUAAGAGGCAGCGGCCUGCUCAAUACCUUAACUGUCCAGGAGCGAAAACUGCAAGAGGCCAAGUUCGAGCUGGUGACCUCGGAGGCCUCCUACGUGAACAGUCUUUCUAUCGUGGUCGAUCAUUUCCUUAACUCUCCUGAGCUCAGUGAGUGCCUUGGCACCCAAGAAAAACAGUGGCUCUUCUCCAAACUACCAGAAGUGAAGGAGAUCAGUGAGAGGUUCCUUGCAGAUUUGGAGGAAAGGCUGGAAGAAGAUAUUCUGCGUUUUGAUGUUUGUGAUAUUGUUUUACGUCACUGUCCUGAAUUGCGCAGGGUUUACCUACCGUAUGUCACAAAUCAGGCUUAUCAGGAACAAACCUAUCAACGUCUGCUACUGGAGAACGCUAGAUUCCGAACUGUCCUGGCCAAAUUGGAAGAGGACCAAGUCUGCCAACGUCUCCCUUUGACUUCCUUCCUUAUCCUACCUUUCCAGAGGAUAAUGCGCCUAAAAAUGCUGGUGGAGAACAUACUGAAGCACACAGCGCCGGGGUCCCACAAUGAGGAUACAGCCAGCAAAGCCUUUACUGAGUUAAAGAAGCUCGUGAAAGAGUGCAACGCCAGCGUCCAAUCAAUGAAGAGAACAGAGGAGCUUAUUCAUCUUAAUAAGAAGAUUCACUUCGAAAGCAAGAUAUUCCCUCUGAUCUCUCAGUCCCGCUGGCUGGUGAAACACGGAGAAUUGACUGAACUGGACAUGCAAAUACCAAACGUGGCCGGAUCCCGAUUCAAGCUCAGCCCGAGGACAGUGUAUCUGCAUCUGUUUAAUGACUGUCUGUUACUGUCCCGGAAAAAAGAGCUGGGCAGGUUUGCGGUUUUCGCGCAUGCCGCGGUGUGUGAUCUGAAGGUGACCGAUCUAAGCUGGAAGCUGCAGGAGGUGCCUGGGGAAGUGUUCCACGUGCAGUUAUGUCAUGACCAGCGGCCGAAGUACCAGAUUUUGCUACGGGCACAGAGCGAGAGCGAGAAACAACGAUGGAUUUCCGCUAUGUGUCCUUCCAGUCUCCGUGACCUUGAGCACUUAACGGAAAAUGAAGACAUACCCCAAGUGCAGUGUAUCAAAGGUUACACUGCUCAGGGGCACGAUGAGCUCACCCUGGAGAAAGCUGACAUCCUUCGUCUCACGGCAAAGACCAGUGAUGGAUGGAUGGAAGGAAUUCGUCUCUCAGACGGAGAGAGGGGCUGGGUGCCUGCCACGCACGUGGAGGAAAUCACGAGUAAAAAUGCUCGACUUCGUAAUUUGAGGGAAAACAAACGAAUCAAGCAUGCUACAAGCAAACUGGAGAGGGAGCCUCCUUAAAUUAUGAUGCACCAGUUAUAUUUACAUGCUUGGGGAUGCCUCAUGGACCUUUACUAAAUCCUGUACAUUUCAAUGAGUCUGUCCGCCCAUAUUUCACACCCACAGGGUGACCUUGAGUCUGCAGUGAAUCCUUGUGUGAAAACGUGUGAAUCUGUUUCACGCCAUUCCGGUAUAGAAUAUCACGCCUGCCUAGAUCCUUGCAUAUAUCACAGAUGACUGCUGCAGUAAACAGCCUCCAAGAAAAUUCUAAAAAUGUCACCAUUCUGAAUUCCAUCUCAAGCAGAUGGAAAUAGAAAAUUACAUUUGCUGCAGGGUGCUAGCUUCUCAUCUUUAAUUCCAGCAGGAACAAAAAUCAUUAGACCUGCAUACUUAAAGAGAUAGCUAGAUUUGACUUGGAGUUUCCAGCAAUGAGAUGUCUAUAACAUUUAAGAAAGGGUAGUAGAUACACAGAACAGUCUUUCAGUGGAAGUAGUCAAGGCUAAGAGUGAUAUAGAAAGGACAGUAGAUAACUAGAAUAGCCUCCAAGUGUGAGGGUAAAUGCCAACAAUGAUAUAGAAAGGGUAGUAGAUACCUGGAAUGGCCUUUCCGUGGAAGCAGUAAAGACUAACAGUGAUAUAUAAAGGGUAGUAGAUACCAGGAAUAGCCUUCCAGUGGCAACAGUAAAGGCUAACCGUGAUAUAGAAAGGGUAGUAGAUCCCUGGAAUAGUCUUUCAGUGGAGGCACUAAAAGCUAACAGUCCCAUAGCAAGAGUUGUAAAUACAUGGAAUCGCUAUCCAGUGGAAGCAGUAAAUGCUAACAUUGUACAAUUUGAAGAAUGUGUGGGACGUGCAUAAGGCUAUUCUGAAGAACAGAUCAGUUUGAGGUUUUAUAAUGUAUAGACAAGGCAGGCAGAUCGGUAACAAUCUAUGUUUCUGUUUAACAGCAAUGCAGCAUGAUAGUGAUUAGCAAUUUUAAGCAUCUCACAACUUAUUUCUGAGGAAUUUAUCAUUGCUGGUCUUUCCACGAUUCCCUAGAAUUUAUAACUGUGAACACAAUCCUCUAUGUUUAAUUGCAGGCCCCAACAAGCUCCACUCACGUGCAGACCAGUUAUUUCUUAGUUACAUACACUGAAAUGUAAUAGCCACUAAGGCUAGUUUGAACCACAUCAUGAGAUCCACCUAAGGAUAUCCAGACUGUAGUAUAUAAGAUGGGGAGGUCACCGUAGUCCCUUUUUAACCUGCUUCUAAUGGGUGUGUACAAUUUGCCGGUGACCCUGUAAAUAUUUCUCAUUGCUGUGUAAUUAAAACUUUGUUCUGAAUGA